UCUGAGAUAACUUUUGAUAAACACUACUUUACAAACUACACUAGAUUAUUACUUGCAUUAUUUUGAAUCACAAGUAAAAAUAUUGGAAGAUUUUUCAAAAAUCGUUACCGAAUAUGCCCUUAAUAUCCGCCCUUAGUGACAAUAUUAUUUAUAGCUUUAAGCCCUUUUCUUUACUUGAAACAAAUUUUCCCACAAAAUUCACAAAUCCAUAAAUAUAAAAAUACAAAUAUGAAAACCAAAUAAUAUCUCCCCGCCACAUUUAACGGUCAAAAUACAAUGUCAACAACCUCAAACUACUACUCCUCAAUCCUCAAAAAAUGUUGCGAAACUCUAAACUUUAAACUUGUAAAAAAGCUUCAUUGCUUCAUCAUCAACCCAGAUACUUUUCUAUCAAACACUCUUAUCAGCACAUACAAUCACUUCGGAAAUUUGGUUUAUGCACGCCAUGUGUUCGAUCAAAUGCCAAAACCAAACCCCUUUUCUUGGAACAUUCUAUUGUCAGCUUAUUCCAAGGCGGGCCGUCUGGUCGAAAUUCUGGAUUUCUUUCAUUCUAUUCCAAUUAAAGAUGGUAUUAUAUGGAAUGCGUUUAUUUCAGGGUAUGCUAAUUGUGGGAAAUAUAAUAGUGCUGUGAUGGGUUACAGGACUAUGUUAGAGAAGGGUACUAUGAACUUAAAUAGGAUAACGUUUUCAACGAUGCUUAUAUUGUCGUUGAAUAUGGAUUGUGUUGAUUUGGGUAGGCAGCUUCAUGGGCAAAUUGUAAAGUGUGGGUUUCUUUCUUAUAUGUUUGUGGCUAAUCCGUUGGUUGAUAUGUAUUCCAAGUUGGGAUUUGUUCGUGAUGCACAACGGGUUUUUGAGGAGGCACCUGAGAGGAAUUUGGUGAUGUAUAAUACUAUGAUUGCAGGGCUUUCGCGUCUUGGGAUGUUUGAUGAGUCGUGGUGUUUGUUGCAUAGUAUGCCAUAUAAAGAUUCGAUUACAUGGACAACUAUGAUUACAGGACUUACCCAGAAUGGUUUUGAUAGGGCAGCUGUUGUUCUGAUGAGAAAGAUGCGAGAGGAAGGUUUUGCCAUGGACCAGUUUACUUUUGGAAGUGUCUUAGCUGCUUGUGGGAGAAUGGGAUUCUUGAAAGAAGGGAAAGAACUUCAUACUUAUAUAAUACGAACAGGAUAUCAAGGGAACGUAUUUGCUGGCAGUGCUCUCAUUGACAUGUAUUGCAAGUGUAAUUGCAUACAGUAUGCAAGGGCAGUAUUCGAGAGAAUGACCCACAAGAAUACUGUCUCAUGGACUGCAAUGCUAGUGGGUUAUAAUCAGAGUGGACUGUCUGAGGAAGCUAUUAAAACUUUCCUCGAGAUGCAAAAGAAUUCAAUUGAACCGGAUGACAUUACAUUAGGAAGUGUUGUUAGUUCGUGUGCUGAUUUAUCUUGUUUGGAAGAGGGUGUUCAAUUUCAUAAUCAAGCUUUAUUGUCUGGUUUAAUAUCCUUUGUUGCUGUUUCUAACGCACUCAUUACCUUGUACGGAAGAUGUGGAAGUAUUGAAGAUUCCUUAAAGUUGUUCAACGAGAUGAAUGUCAGGGAUGAAAUCACCUGGACUGCAUUAAUUUCUGGAUAUGCUCAAUUUGGAAAGGCCCGUGAAACAAUGCAUUUAUUUGAGGAAAUGCUUUCUCAUGGACUUAAGCCUGAUGAAGCUACUUUUGUCGGUGUUCUUUCAGCAUGUAGCAGAGCAGGUCUAGUAGAAGAAGGAAAACAGUAUUUUGACUUGAUGGUGAAAAAACAUGGUGUAGCUGCAACUCCUGAUCACUAUACUUGCAUGAUUGAUCUUUUCAGUCGUGCUGGGAGGUUAGAAGAAGCCAAGAGUUUUAUUUCUGAGAUGCCUUACAUCCCUGAUGCAAUUGCUUGGGGUACAGUCCUGAGUUCAUGUAGAGUCUAUGGGAACAUGGAAAUCGCAAAUUGGGCUGCCGAUUCUCUAUUUGAACUAGACCCUCAACACCCUGCAGGUUAUGUCUUGCUUUCCAGCCUAUAUGCUGCUGAAGGGAAAUGGGAACAUGUAGCUCAGUUGAGGAAGGGAAUGAGAGAUAGAGGCAUAAGGAAAGAGCCUGGUUAUAGUUGGAUUAAGUUUAAGAAUAAAGUACAUGUAUUCUCUGCUGACGAUCAGUCCAGCCCGUAUUUGGACCAGAUAUAUGCUGAGAUGGAAAAGUUGAACCUGAAGAUGAUUGAGGAAGGUUAUAAACCUGAUUUGAGCUCUGUUCUUCAUGAUGUUGAGGAUUCCGAAAAGAUGCGAAUACUGAAGCAUCACAGUGAGAGACUUGCAAUUGUUUUCGGCAUGAUGUUUGUACCGCCUGGCCUCCCCAUUAGAGUGGUUAAGAAUCUUAGGGUUUGUGGUGAUUGCCACACUGCAACAAAGUUCAUAUCUAAAAUUACACAGAGAGAAAUACUUGUAAGAGAUUCUGUCCGCUUUCAUUUAUUCAAGAAUGGAACUUGUUCGUGUGGAGAUUUUUGGUGAACUCUGUUAUCAAGUAUGAUAAUGAGGAUAUUGAGCGCUUUACUUGGUUUCUUACAUCUUUAUUGUGAAGUCUUUGCACCUGUGGGGACAGUGCAAUGAGGAAAAGGUUAUAUGAACAGCCUAGUUCAGGUAACAGUCGAAGCAUUUGCUCAUGUAAAUGCAGUUUUCUUGAGGCUAAAACAAUAGAGGAAUGCUUGGGGCUUGUCAGAGAUGCAUGACUCUGAUUGCUUCCAUUCAGAGUGGUUUCACAAUUAGAGUUUGAGAUUUGCUUUCAGCUACGCUGUUACUCAUGAGUCUGCUCGCUGAACUGGGAUACAACCCUGAAUAAGGACUGCAAACAUCAGUGGACAAGUGAGCCUUUAUCCUUGUUUGUAAUUUCAGGUCAAUUUUAUUUCAUGUUUCCAUAGGUACUUCUCUAGCGUAUGCACAUAGGUAGAACAUCAUUGGACUUUCAUACUUCAUAAUAGUGUUUACAAAAGUACACUUUAUAGCUUCAUUAAUACCCUGUUCUAUGAAGGUUACCAACACACAUUGUUUUGGCACUGAGAUUACUGACAUGA